AUGGACGGCGCCCAGGAUUCUUCAACGCAACCUUCUGGCAUCAAGAAGGUGUUUUCGAGACAAAAUCGACAAGAACUAGAAAGCAAUGCAGGCUCUAUUCGGAGCAAUGGACGUUCAUCGAUUGAAUCGACCCCCGAGAAGCGCCCCUCAACAAGCGGAGAACUAGGACAAGAAGACUCAUCUAGUCGCUUUUCCAAGUUGAUCGGCAAUCGGAGGAAGAAGAAGAAUGCCGCCAAUGACAAAAAAGCAAGCUCGAUUGCAUCUGCCGACUCCUUACUCGACUCUAGCACGAACCUCGCGGCUUUGUCAGUGCGAAACGAACCCUCUGUUUCGGGAUCAUCGCCGAACAAUAGUACUCACGCUCUAGAUCACUCUACGGGCAGCGUUAAUCUUCUGACUGAUGACUCCGAACCAGACCAACCGCCGCCGCUUCUCCCACGCGAGUCCCAUGCAGGAUAUCUGACUGCGUCCUCACCAUUGAUAACGACGACAGCGGUCAAUGAUAAUAAUGACGAGCAGAAAGAGGCUUCGCCGAUACACUCUGUCUCGUCAUCGAGACGACAUAGCAUCUCUGUUCCACAAGCAUCAUCGGUUUUCCUUGGCACAACCAUAUCCGGUCCUGAUCCAGAAUUCUCCAAGAGAAGGAGUGUCUCUCCGGCAAGGCGUUUGAAAGAUGCACUGAAGCCAUCACAAGGAAAGAAGAGUCCUAGUGUCAGCCCAGAUCGAGAAUCGUCACAAUCUGUGGGAAGCCAAGCGAGGAGAAGUCAAACUCUCCUUGGAGGCAUGAGCCGAAGUAGUAGUCUUUCGGAGAAGCGAUCUUCGAAGAGAUCAGCCAAUUCGGCAGAUCGCUUAAAGACCCCUCCGACCAAGGAUUCCUUGAAAGUUGUCACAACAGUUACUCCACCGACACCUACUAAUAUUUCCGGGGAAUUCUCCCCUCAUCUCACACAAUCACCUGAGACCGUGAAAUCUGAAAAUGCGGAUUUUCCUCCUGGAACGGUUGUGAGCCCUUCAGGCAACAUGAUUUCACACCGUCGAGUGCGAUCCACAGGCACUGUCACUCAUUCUCCAAGCAAAUUAUCACAAAUCACAUCGCUGACGUCUAUGGCUGAGGAGCCUCGAGGAACAAACUCACGCUCUCCCUCUGGCGCUCAAAGCGGAUUCUUCUCCUCAGUCUUUUCAGCAGCUCAAAAUGCGGCUUCUACCAUAAGCAAUAGCCUUGGUGCCCAGAAUAAGAAUCGCGCCACGAGUCAAUCGGUUGAUCUAGGCAAAAGUUCAACCGAGUCCGCCAAUGAAUCGUCGGAAGAUCAGAAUGAGGCAACCAGGCAGUCUGCGACCGAAGGCGUCAAGCAGGAGAAACAAAAGGAACUCGCCAUUAAUACCCUCGGAAGCGGUGACUUAGAGUUCAGUCAUCUUGAUAUGGAUGCUGCUGCCGGCGGCAUCGUAACAACAAAAGACGGGGUGGUUAUCACUCAGCCAGACCUCCCUGCGGAGUCGCGUGCAUCCGCAAUCGCAGCAAAGAGAGAUCAGAUGUCUGCACGUAUUGAAGAUUCAAGAGCAGCUAGAGCUGUAUCGAUGGCAUAUGAGAAGUCGUCCGAUCCUUCGUUGACCACGGUAGCUUCUAACUCAGAUGAAGCCAGCGAUGUCAAAGUUAAACCAAGCUCCAUGUACUUCGAAGGAGGCGGAGAGCAGACUCCUCCAGGAGGAAGUAUAUUUGACGGCGAUACCGGCGGCAGUAUAAAACGUACUGGGAGCGUACGCAGUCGGUUGGCUCGACGGCAUCGUGGCUCUUCGGGCGCUACAGUUUCAACAGUCGGUGCUAUUGGCCUUGGCGCAGGGUCACUGGGUCUGCCUAACAGCAAUUCAAGCGUGCCGCGUUUGACUGGAUUUGCUGUUGCAAGCAAGAAGCGCAAUCGUGACUACCAUCAGCUCUUCCGCAGCGUGCCCGAGGAUGAUUUCUUGAUCGAAGAUUACAGCUGUGCUUUGCAGCGAGAUAUCAUUCUUGCUGGCCGAAUUUACAUUUCAGAGGGCCACAUUUGUUUCUCCAGCAAUAUUCUCGGAUGGGUAACUACACUCGUCAUCAGUUUUGACGAAAUUGUAGCAAUUGAGAAAGAGAAUACCGCGAUGGUGAUUCCUAAUGCAAUUGCUAUUCAAACUCUACAUGCUAGACACACAUUCCGCAGUCUACUAAGCCGUGAAGCGACGUAUGAUCUCAUGGUUAAUAUUUGGAAGAUCAAUCACCCAUCUCUGAGAAGCUAUCUUAACGGUAUGCGAAUCGAUGAUGGGCUCGGUGACAAGACCGAGAAGGCGAAUGAGAGCGAUGUCGCUAGUGAAGUAGCCGAUGAGGAUGAAAUCUACGAUGAAGACGAGGACAAUGAUGCCGAUAGCUUAGUUGAUGGCGGUGAUGAUAGCAUCAAUGGCAGUGAAUCCGUUGCACCUGCCAAACCAUUUAGUCGGGAGACUACAGGUUUGACUAGUCAAGCGACUGAAUCGACCGUCGUAUUAUCAACUGCCGAUGGAAAAGCAAACGAUAAAGGUGCAACAAAUUCCAGCGAUGGAAAUGGAUUCCCUGGCCCAGUUACACAUUCUCCCACGGAGUACAAUGACCCAGCCGGUCGAUAUGAUAAACUCAUAAAGGAGGAUAUCAUUCCGGCCCCUCUCGGAAAAGUGUACAAUCUGAUGCUUGGACCGGCAUCUAGUGCUUUUCUGACCAAGUUUCUGAUAGAUGAUGAGAAGAGCAUAGAUUUGCAGUUUGAAGACAAAAAGGGGCUUACCGAACCCAGCAAAACUCGGCAAUAUUCAUACAUCAAACCACUAUAUGGGGCUAUUGGGCCGAAGCAAACGAAAUGCAUCAGUACCGAACAACUGGAUGUACUCGAUAUGGAGAAAGCAGUUCUUGCCACACUCACCACACAGACGCCUGAUGUCCCCAGCGGCAAUGUGUUUUGCGUCAAGACCAAAUAUCUGCUGACAUGGGCACCAAAUAAUCAAACCCGAUUCCUGAUGACUUGCACCAUUGAAUGGUCUGGCAAGAGUUGGUUGAAAGGACCUAUCGAGAAAGGUGCCAUUGAUGGUCAAACAACUUACGGAAAUGACCUUGUCAAAGCUCUCAAAACAGCUGUAACAGCUCGUGCUGCCGGUACAUCCAAAGGUGGCAAGACAUCCAAGAACCGUCGGAAGCAGUCAGGGGCUGCCGCCACUAAAUCUGCCGCUGCAGCCGCAGCUGCAAGUGCUGCUCUGGAUGCGAAUAAGCGAGACUCCCAAGGAUGGGGCAUUCUUGAGCCUAUCCAUGGUCUUCUCAGCCCCAUUUUAAGCAUCUUCAAACCACUCUGGAGUGCCCCCGUUGCUAUUGCACUUAUUGCCUUUUUGUUGUUCACACUUUAUACAAGAGGAAUGGGCCCAUCAUCGACGGCUUCUUCCGACUUGAAUUUCCUUAGACACGCGUCGUCCCAACGCCUGGCCGCGUAUGAGGAGAUAUGGCGAGCUGAGGAGAACGAGCUCUGGAGAUGGCUAGAAGAUAGGGUCGGGAUGGAAGGCAUCAAUUUCCCAAACAGCAAUAGAAAUUACAACGCAGAUUCAAAAGCGCGGAGGCGAAACCUAAAACGUCACGGCGAAUCUCUGGCCUUCAAGAUUGAUGAAGAACAGAUUUCGCAGCGUGAGAUGAAGUACGCUAUCCAGGUUGUUCGUGAUCGUCUUGACAGACUCGAGGAGAUUGUCCACACUCAUGACGGCCAAAACCGUGCUCCCAAGCCCCGAAGCGGGAAGGCCAUCUAA